AUGGCUUCAUCUUUGACAAACCAUUGGGUUGUUGGCGGUUCAUCCUGUCAUGAAUACACGAGCAACAGAUCUGAUGAUUGCUUCAAGGUAUUGACUUGGAAUCACAAUGUGAUCAAGGGGAAGCAGUUCUUGCCCAGAGAAAAGGCUGCUUUGACUGUCGCCCGAGCUGUACCAAAAGAUCCCAAGAAGGGCAUUCACCUCCGUAUGACAACAAAGUGGUGGGAGAUAGACAUGAAGGACAACAUGAUAAAUAUCAAAUCACAGGACGAUUUUGAUGAACAGCUUCUGAUGGCCAGAGAUAAAUUCACAGUGGUGCACUUCUUUUCACCUAGCUGUGGAGCUUGCAAGGCCCUACACUCUAAGGUACAUCAGUUUGCCGAGAUGCAUCCAGGACUGCAAUUUCUUAUGGUCAACUAUAAUGAACAAACAGAUAUCUGUAAGAGGCUCCAUGUCUGUGUCUUGCCAUUGUUCCGCUUUUACAGAGGCACCGAAGGUCGUAUUUGUAGCUUCAGCUGCACAAUUUCAACUAUUCAUAAGUUCAAAGAUGCUCUGAAAAGGCAUGGGGUUCAGACUGAGAGUCAAGCAGCAGAAAAGGGGUUGGAAGAAUAUGAACUUAAGAGCUUUGACCCACCUACUGAUAUCUCAAAUGCAAGUGAUGCUUCACCGAAAAUGGACAGAGAUGAUGGCCCCAGCGAACCCAGCAAUGAUUAA